AUGGGAACCGGGGAUGCCUCCUCGACAAAGCCUCCUGUGGUUCUUUUCGGCUAUGACUCGUCUCCAUUCACCACCAAGGUCAAGUUGGCUCUCCGGUUGAAACAGAUACCAUACACUCAUAUUGUUGUGCCUUCGAUGAUGCCACGCCCAAUCCUGAAGGAUAAUUUCAAUGUGACUUAUAGAAAGAUUCCAGUUCUGUGCAUUGGACGAGAGAUCUACAUCGACACAUCUCUCAUUCUGGAAGUCCUCGAAAGUCGAUUCCCUUCUACAGAGGGCUAUGGAACACUGUACCCGUCCUCUUCGGCCUCCUUCCGACCGCUGGCACGCGGCUUUGCCUCAUACUGGAUCGACCGCCCCUUCUUCCGCGUGACCACGGGCCUUAUACCCGCGAGUGUCUGGCGUACGCAUUUCGGAGUCGACCGGGCAAACCUGAUCGGGCACAAACUCGACGCGGCGAAAUUGGAGAGGAAAGUCCCUCUGAAUCUCAGCGGUAUGGACCUGCACUUGAGUUUGUUGGAGCCGCUAUUUUCUGGAGGACAGGCCCAACCAUGGAUCCUCGGAGCCGAUGGGCCGAGCGUCGCGGACCUCGCGUUGUGGUAUCAGCUCGAUUGGGGGGAGAAGAUCAGCCGCGGAGAAGGGAUCGGCAAUCUGACGGGUGGGGGCACGCAGGAUGGCGACGGUGAGGGACUGGGCGCCGUGUUCAACAAAGACCGGUAUCCUGGAGUCUUCACUUGGUUCGGGCGCUUCAAAGCAUAUGUUGAUCGGCUGCCGAUCGUGGAGACAAAGAUCGAAAAGGACGAGCUUCAAAGAGUCGCAAGAGUGAUGCAGCAAUUGAAGCAGACGCCACUGUUGAGGGAGACCCCGCUGCUGCCAACCCCAGCUGGCCCACAAUACGACCUCGAUAGACGCAAUGGUCUUGCUGCAGGAACGCAAGUGGCCAUCGCUCCUGAUGAUACAGGUAGAGACAGUCCCACGGUAGGGACGCUGGUGGCUCUCACGCCGGAAGAGGUCGUCAUCACACCUCUAAAGUCGAGUGACGGCACCGGUCCGGCUGUUGGAGAUGUGAGGAUUCACUUUCCCCGAAUCGGGUUUGUGAUACGGCCUGUCGUGCAGUCAAAGCUCUGA